AGAGAAGAGGGGAAGAUACAGAGAAACCACAUAUUAAGCUUAGAUGCUUAUGCUAGACAUAAACAAUUUGUAAAUAAUUAUUUGUUAUAUUAUGGUGGUAAAGCUACUGAAUUCAAAAGAGACAGCUCUCGAGAUAAAAGAGAUAUAGAUGUUAUCAGAGAAAAUCAUCAGUUUUUAUGGGACGAAGAAGAUGAUAACUCAGACUCUACUUGGGAGAAACGUUUAGCUAAGAAGUACUAUGAUAAAUUAUUUAAAGAAUAUUGUAUAGCUGAUUUAUCAAGAUAUAAAGAAAAUAAGUUUGGUAUGAGAUGGAGGGUAGAAAAGGAAGUAUUUGAAGGAAAAGGUCAGUUUAUUUGUGGUAGUAAGAAAUGUAAUGAAAGAGAUGGUUUAAGAAGUUGGGAAGUUAAUUUCGGGUAUAUUGAACAUGGUGAAAAGAAAAAUGCUUUAGUUAAAUUACGUUUAUGUUCAGAUUGUUCAUAUAAAUUAAAUUAUCAUCAUAAGUAA